AUGUCUGGUAUCGAGGCGAUAGUUGGCUUAGUCGCCGGCGGUGCAGGGUUGCUCUCACUGGCCAUUCAGCUCGGCGAGAGCGCCAUGAAACUCAAGAAGGCUUGCGGCAUCGUCAAGGACGCCCCAAAAACAGUCUCAAAAUUGACCUUCAGCCUCGAGACCAUGGCCAUUGCGUUGCAACAACUCGAGGAGCAACGACAGCACAGCAUGCGAAGCGGGGUUAUCCUCGCGCGUUGCAUUAUGGAGUGUCAAUCGUGCACGGCCGAGAUACAGGCGCUCGUUGACAAGAUGGUCGACCGCUUGACACGACAUGGAAGAAUCGGUGGCAAGGUUUACGUCGCUUUUAAAGAUACCCAGAUGACCGAGCUCCUCCAUGAGGUGGAAAGGACCAAAAGUUCUCUAGAGCUCGCCUAUAUGAUGUAUCUCGCCGAGGAACAAAGACAGCGAGAUAUGGAACGAUCAGUUCAGCUCAACACCUUUCAGGACCUUCUCAGCCAGGGAAGACAGAAACUUCCCGAGGAGACAAUGGUACCAGCUAGUUCCGGAGGUCCAAACCUACUGAGCAAUUGGUCAUUGGUGUCAGUGGCACCGAAUGAACCACGAGUUGACCAGAACACAAGCGACCUUAUCCGCUGGGACUCUAGACACCCGUACUCACCUAAAUACAACCAGCUUGAUCCUAUAAUAAGACAUCGCAAGCGGAGAAACAGCAAGACACACUUGCAAGCUGGUUUGAAAUUUCCCACGUGGCUAUGUUCUCAAGUAUGGCACCUAGCUGUGACGCGAUCGCAAGAUCGUUGGAGCAUGCACCUGCGCACAGUCAAUGUUGUUCCUCUCAAUUCCCCUAUCUUCCGCUAUUGCCAUAGUGGUAAUUUGGAGGCAGUUAGACAGCUCAUAGAAGGUGGUAAAGCUACGCCCCUGGACGUUGGACAUGUCUCAAAUAGGCAACGUGACUUGACCUUACUAGAGGUAAUUUGGUCCAUAUACUAG